AUGGCACCAUUUUUUCUCGACAUUCUCUCAGACCACGCUCGGAAAUACGCAAGAGGAAAACAAGGUAAAGUAUGGUACUGUGGAAGGGUUCUGCUCCGGUCGUUUGCCGUGAAGCGGCAGAAGCUUGUCGAAGACCGUGCCGUCUAUGCGUCCAACAUUCCUCGCGAUGCCACUUUCGAGAAGAUCGAGGAGACGUCGAAGAAGGCGAAUAUUAUCGAGAGGGGCGUUGUCGGCAGGCUCGGCAUCGGAAUGUCAUCUGCCGAGGAUGGCAACUUCGACGAUGUGCUAGAUCUCUGCAUUCAUUCGGAGGUCGAGGAUGACCUUAUGCAUCUUGAGGCACUGUCGGACCAAGUGGUAUGA